AUGCCGAAAACAGCAAGAAUUCCGAGCGAUCUAUGGGAAGCUCAAAGGCCUCGCAUAACCGAGCUGUACGUCGACCAAGACAAGACUCUCGACGAGGUCAUCCAGAUCAUGGCGGAAUCUGGCUUCCAUGCUACGAAGCCCCAAUACAUUCGCAAAGUUAAUGUCAACUGGAAACUGCAAAAGAAUUACACCAAAGAAAAAUGGCGGCAUAUAAUCGCUUUAGUCGAGAAGCGUAAGGCAGAGGGGAAAUUGACAGAAAUCAGCAUACAUGGUCAUGCCGUCUCGGAGAAGAAGAUGAAGAAGGAAUUGAGAAGAUAUCAUAUUUCGCAAGUCGAUGAAGAUCUCGUUAGUACUAGUCACAGCGGCGUGGUUGCUUUUACACCACCAUCAUCAAACUCCAUCGUCGUUCUCACCAACGGACUCCCUUGGUUAAAAUUCCGAGAAAGGUUCAAUAACCUGGUCAAGAGUUCAGCACCACUGUUGGGACCAAACCAACAAAAUGGGCCACUUGGCUUCUGGGAGCUGGCAAAUAAAUUACUAUCCCCGGCCCAUACGACCGGGAAAAUGGCUACUGGAAGUCUGCCACUGCAAGAGCCAUCAAGACCUGUCUCAGACGACCUCUCGACACACUUUGACAUAAAAGGAGAGCGAUUGUUUGAACUGGUGCCAAUGUUGGAUCACCCUAGAGAAAUCCUCCUACACCAAGAGCCACCAUGGUUGCAAAUUUUCAACUCGCUGGUGUUUCUUUGCUCCAAUAAUCUGAUGGAAACCAAAAGCUCCACCUACGAGCUUCUCCAAGUCGCCAUCUCGAGUGGCUUUCUCCUCAAGAUGAAGGAUCUAUUUACAAUUAGGGUACCGACUCUCGAAAUAUUUGCAAGACACCUGCUGUUUGUGGCGCUCGGAGUUCAUGGAAAUAAAGGAAUAGAGUUCCUGCAUUCCUUACUUGAGUCUGGAGUCAGCCCUGACAGCACUGAUCCGGAUGAUUACGGAUGCUCUGCACUCCACAGAGCUGUGAUAGAAAGGAACCGGGACGCCGUUCAACUCCUUCUUCAAUUUGGGGCAGAUCCAAAUGGAAUGAUAGAAGGCACUGAAGACAGCACACUCAUGAGCCCUCUAAAUUACGCCCUGUAUUUGAGUGAUGAUAGAGAUUUGGCAAAAAUGUUACUUGAUUCAAAGGCAGACGUCAACUCCGGAUUCCAGAAGCCUUUAAUCAUAGCUGUCAGAAAGGGGGACUUGAUCCUCGUGAGACUCAUGUUAGAAGCUGGAGCAGACCUAAAGAUACUACCGGCAAAAGGUCUUUCGGUGAUAUACUUCGCAAUCGAACGUCAGGAAUUGAAUCUGGUCGACACACUGAUUGAAGCGGGAGUGAGCCCGAACUUAUCGAUCGACGAACUUGACGACGAGGAUAUCCUUUUCCUGGUACGUCAGUUUGGCUUUUUUGACGAGGCCACCAUCCCUACUCCUAUAAAUUACGCAGUAACCUUUGGCGAUGUUGGCAUUGUCAAGCGCCUCAUCCAAGGCGGCGCAGUACUGGACAUAUUCAUCGAUCCAGAAAUGCCCAAGAAGACGGGCAGAACUCUGUCCCCAGACGAAGUGUUGACUCCUCUUCAGAUGUCAAUCCAGGAGCGCGAGCAUGAAAUAACCGAAAUCUUGUUAGAUGCAGGCGCAGGCGUGGACUUCCGACAUCCAGCCACUGGGACAGCAUUGCAGUUAGUAUGCGGCUCAGGAAUGAAGGAAGGAGAAAAGAUAGAGUUGGCUAAAGCCUUGUUGGCAAGAGGGGCAGAUGUAAACUCUCUGCCUGGAGAGCCUGCAGGGAGAACAGCAAUACAGGCUGCAGCUGAAUCUGGAGACUGUGACCUCCUGAAGCUACUUUUGCGUGAAGGGGGCGAUCCCUUUGCCUCUGCUGCUGAAGAAGAUGGGUUGACAGUAUUCCAAGCCGCAUUGAGGUCGCGCUCUGCUGAGCUUGUGGCUUAUGUGUUCUGGGAAUUGGGGAGUUCCUGUAGUUGUUUCAGCUUUUUUGAUGGAACAAACUACCUAGAGGAGGCAGUGUAUACUGGCAACUCACAACUUCUAGAAACGGUACUGAAGUUCUGGAAUCACCAUGAGCUACAUUGGCCAAAAGAAUACAUUUCAUCGGCCCUUAAAACCGCCGUUCGUAGCGGUUUCAUCGAUCAUAUCCUAGGUCCCGACGCUGAGUUGUUUACCACCCACUCAUUUACUAUCCCCGAAAAAGACGUCAAUUCCCUGAUCUGUGAAUCGAUAUGGACUCGCGAUACGAGAGUAUUCGAAUUAUUAAUGCAGAGUUUCAUCAAGCCCGAACUCGACUUUUCCCAGCCUGGAUAUCCGACACCUCUCUGGCUAGCAAUACACCAAGGGGAGGAGUACAUGGCGGAACGUUUACUCAAUGUUGGCGCCAAUCCGAACCAACCAUCAAUGGUUGUAUGUCGCAACAGGCACAAAGGAUGCUGCCAUGAUACCGGACCCGAAAUGCCGUUGAAGCAGGCGAUAUGUCGAUUCCACGACAGACUCAUAAAAUUACUCAAUGACAAAGGAGCAAACAUUCAAUGUUUGAUUGAUGGUAGCUUGACGCCGCUCCUCUUUUCCCUCCAGAUAAAAAAUGAAGAUGCAGCUGUUUUUCUUCUCUCCAAAGGAGGAGAUCCAAAUGUGAUGGACAUUUCGGGUACAUAUACUGUGCUUGGGCUUGCUCUUGAACAAGUUGUCUCGCUUCCAAUAGUCCGGUUACUUAUUCAACGUGGUGCAGAUGUUAAUAGGCCUUCUAUGUGGGGGACACCACUUGAGCAAGUCGUCGCACGAGGACACUCUCGGCAACACGAUGCUAUACAGCGAUGCCACUUACUUCUGGCAGCUGGCGCCGACGUCAAUGCUUACAUCGGAAACACUGCACUCAAGUUAGCUGUUAUUAACGGUGAUGAGGAGCUGGUCAAGGUUUUGAUUGAAGCAGGUGCUGAUGUCAAUGCCUCAAAAAAGGGUUUGACAGCACUUGAAGUGGCGGUUAAUAAUAACAACACAGAUAUGGCAAAGCUUCUUGUCAAAGCUGGCGCCAGCUUGAGUACUUCAUCGGUCCAAAUCAGCUUACUUCAAUUGGCUGUCAGCAAGAACAACCUGGAGCUCGCCUCACUCUUCCUUGCAAUAGAUGUUGAUGUUAACGCUUCGACAAUGGGAAAGACACCACUCCAAACGGCUGCAAGUUUAGGGAACUUAGGAAUGGUAAAGCAUCUCAUUGAUCGAGGUGCCGAUGUUGACGCAAAAGACCCUGGCAGAACAACAGCUCUUCAGUACGCCGCGAUGAAUGGCAGCGUUGAGAUCGUUAAGUAUCUCGUCGAACAUGGAGCAUGGGUCAAUGAAGAAGCUAGUCUCUUCUACGAAGCAACAGCUCUCGGGCUUGCAGUUGACAAUGGCCAUAACGAGGCAGCCAUAUAUCUCGUCGAAAAAGGCGCUUCAAUCGACAAAUGCCCCACCGCGGAUGGUACAACACUUCUUCAGCUCGCCGCAAAGCAUGGGAAUCACGAAAUUGUGACAUAUCUAGUUGAGAACGGAGCGGCCGUUAAUGCAGCGCCCUCCACUGACAGAGGGGCAACCGCUCUUCAAUUUGCGGCGAUCAAUGGUCACCUCAAGAUGGCUGUUUUCCUUCUCGAGAACGGAGGUCGCGUCAGCGCCAAAGGAGCAGAGGUUGAUGGGAGAACUGCACUUGAAGGAGCGGCAGAACACGGCCGACUUGACAUGGUCCAUCUUCUGUUGGACAAUGACGAAGAACCUGACACGAUUGAGGAAAGGUGUUGUUAUGCAGCAAAGUUUGCAGAGGCUCAAGACCAUGACGUGAUUGCUAGGAUAUUGAGGAACUACAAGAGGCCAUGA